AUGCGAUCGCUCAAUCGCUUCAUAUUCUUUCUCUCUACCUUGUCGGUAGGGCAUACGCUGCAGACCCAAAGUCAACUGGGGUUCUGUGCUUGGAACCCUCGGUCUUCGCUCCUUGGUCAUCAUGCCUGCUCAAUUACCGAUGAAACUCACCUCUCUUCCGGCGAGGGCCUGGAGGGGAACGCAUCCCAAGGAUAUCCUCCCAACGAGGUCAACGAAGCUGUCUGGUCGAGACGAGACGACUGCAUUGAUAAAUACUGCAUCUGGGUGAACCAAGGUUUCUUCGAACGGGGUAUAGCUGUGGUUACCACGGCGCAAAACUACCAGCAAAUCAAACACUUGCCAAGUUCUGCAACUGAUACCAAAGAUAAUAAUGACAGAUUUUCAUUCGUCGAUGUUCCGGGUAGAGGGAAAGGCCUUGUUGCCAACAAGGCCAUCCGCCGAGGGGAGCCCAUCGUGGCUGCGAAGCCCGCGUUGCUGGUUCAUCGAGGUCUAUUCGAAGACCUCAGCCCAGAAGAUCUCUAUGAGCUCCUGGAUAUGGCUGUUGAUAGUCUACCCAAGACUGGAAGAGAAAGCUACAUGGCGCAGGCGGGGGAAAUGGGCGGACACCUGGCCACUAACAUCCUGUUCACGAACUCGUAUCAGAUCAACCUCGGGGAGCCCGAUGGCUUUCACUACGGCACUUAUCCAGAUGUGUCAAGACUGAAUCACGAUUGCAGGCCGAACCUGGCUUUCUACAUCGACCAGAACUUGACGCAUCACACUCGCGCAGUGAGAGACAUCAAGCCUGGGGAGGAGCUCACCGUCUCAUACAUCGAUCCCCUGCAAGUACGGAUUGCUCGUCAGGAACGACUUCGCAACACGCUCGGUUUCUCUUGCGGGUGCUCACAGUGCAGCCUACCCAAGAGCGAGGCAGAUGCUUCCGACGCCCGACUUCUCUCCAUCCAGGAGAUCGAGAGUGAGCUCUCCGACUUCAACAGUCAGGCAGCGUCGCCAGCUAUGAUUGAACGGCUUAUGACUCUGUAUGAGGAGGAGCGUCUGGUUUUCAACAUGGCGGGUGCUUACACAUUUGCGGCGCUUAAUCACAACUUAUCUGGCAGGGCGGAGAUGGCGCAGAAGUAUGCGCGAAUGGCUGUCGAGGCAGACAUACUUGAGGAAGGGCCUCAUUCUUCGGAUGUGCAAUCAAUGCAGAUUCUGGCGAGCAAUCCAAAAGGCCAUUGGUCUUUUAACUUGAAGCCUGGUCGAUGCACCCUCUCUUCUCUCUUGUCAUCAUUUCAACUAGCACUGACUCAUUAA